GUCACUUGUGAAUAACUUGAUCAGAUUAGGGCGAAUCAUGUGGUUGGCCAAUAGCGACUGGAAGGAUUCUCCAGCGUCACUUUGUUGCACUAUUAGGAAAUGUGUCCAGCUAGACCUGCCCAGUGUUUGCUGUCGACGUUCCUCUGUGUUCCUCUGUCUAAUUCAUGAGAUCAGAUGAGUGCAGACUGUUGGAACAGCUCCGUCUGCCCUGCCAACAGCAUGGAGGAAGAGCUGCCGCUGGAAAUGGAGGGUCAGGGGACCCUGAAGCUUGUUUUCACAGUGGUGUCAGCUGUGACGGUGGGUCUGGUCAUGUUCUCUUUUGGAUGUUCUGUGGAGAUUCGGAAGCUGUGGUCACACCUCAGAAGACCCUGGGGCAUUGCAGUGGGACUGCUCUGCCAGUUUGGGCUCAUGCCUCUGACAGCCUAUCUGCUGGCCCUUGGCUUCUCUCUGAAACCAUUCCAAGCGAUUGCUGUCCUCAUCAUGGGGUGCUGCCCUGGGGGCACCAUCUCAAAUGUUCUUACCUUCUGGGUUGACGGAGAUAUGGAUCUCAGCAUCACAAUGACAGCCUGUUCCACAGUGGCUGCCCUGGGAAUGAUGCCCCUCUGCCUCUACCUCUACACCUGGUCCUGGAACCUUACGCAGAAUCUCACCAUUCCAUACCAGAGCAUAGGAAUUACCCUUGCGUCCCUGAUUGUUCCUGUGGCCUUCGGUGUCUAUAUGAAUUAUAGGUGGCCAAAGCAAGCGAAAUUCAUUCUUAAGGUCGGGGCCAUUGCUGGCGGCAUCCUUCUUCUGGUGGUGGCAGUUACUGGUGUGGUCCUGGCAAAGGGAUGGAAUACAGAUGUCACUCUUCUGAUCAUCAGUUUCAUUUUCCCUUUGGUCGGCCACGUCACUGGCUUCCUGCUGGCAUUCCUCACCCAUCAAUCUUGGCAAAGGUGCAGGACGAUUUCUAUAGAGACUGGAGCUCAGAACAUCCAGCUGUGCAUUGCCAUGCUGCAGCUGUCCUUCACUGCCGAGUACCUGGUCCAGCUGUUUAACUUUGCGUUGGCCUAUGGACUCUUCCAAGUGCUACAUGGCCUCUUCAUUGUCGCAGCGUAUCAGGUGUACAAGAGGAGGCAGAAGAGCAAAGGCAGGAGGCAGCAUCCAGAUAGCCCAGAGAUCUGCUACCAGAAGCAGCCGCGAGAGACCAGUGCUUUCCUGGAGGAAGGUGCUGAAGCUGCUGUAACUCUAGGGCCAUCAGAGCCAGAACAGCAGCCACGUUCUGUCAUGUGAC